CUCCUAAUUUCUCACUCUCUCCCUUUGUUUUUGUUUUUUUAAUUAUUCUCUUUUGGGUUUCUCACCUUCACUCUUCGUCAGUUCGUCACCCUUUUGGCUCGAUCGCGCGGCGUGGGCAUCUAAUUUUCCCAUCUCCUCUCAGCUGCGGCAGCUCCUCCGGUCCCUGGCGAUCUCCCGGUUCUCUGCGCCCCUCCUGCUUCACCGUAUCCACUUCGUUCCCUGCCCAUCUCCUCAGAAACAGAUAGUGAGCAAAAUGGCUGGAGGAGGGGUUAUCCGCCAGCUUCUUCAGAGGAAACUCCAUUCUCACUCCAUGGUUCCUUCGGUUUCAUCCUUCUUCAAUUCAAAGAAAGGUCAUGAGGAGGCUGGAUCUUUUGGAGAGAAGUCCCUGAGAGCAUUGGCACUUGUUGGAGUUGGUCUCUCUGGGCUUCUGGGUACUGCAGUUGUAUCUGCUUCAGAUGAGGCCGAGCAUGGCCUAGCUUCACCAACCUAUCCAUGGCCUCACAGUGGCAUCCUGAGCUCUUAUGACCAUGCUUCGAUUCGACGUGGUCACCAGGUUUAUACGCAAGUCUGUGCUUCUUGCCACUCCAUGUCCCUUAUAUCAUACCGUGAUCUGGUGGGUGUUGCUUACACAGAAGAGGAAGCAAAGGCUAUGGCUGCUGAGAUUGAAGUUGUCGAUGGUCCCAAUGAUGAAGGUGAGAUGUUCACCCGCCCAGGAAAACUGAGUGACCGUUUCCCUCAGCCAUAUCCAAAUGAAUCUGCUGCUAGAUUUGCUAAUGGAGGUGCAUAUCCUCCAGAUCUGAGCCUCAUCACAAAAGCUCGUCACAAUGGCCAGAAUUACGUCUUUGCUCUCUUAACUGGGUACCGUGAGCCUCCUGCUGGAAUUUCGAUUCGUGAGGGCUUGCACUACAAUCCUUACUUCCCUGGUGGAGCUAUUGCUAUGCCCAAGAUGCUCAACGAUGGUGCUGUUGAGUAUGAAGAUGGCACCCCAGCAACCGAGGCUCAGAUGGGCAAAGAUGUCGUGUCUUUCUUGUCAUGGGCUGCGGAACCUGAAAUGGAAGAGAGGAAACUGAUGGGAUUCAAGUGGAUAUUCCUACUAUCCUUGGCUUUGCUUCAGGUCGGCUACCACCGACGUAUGAGGUGGUCGGUCCUCAAGUCUCGCAAGUUGAUUGUUGACGUUGUCAACUAAGUUUGUUCUUUCUUCAUCCGGUUUAUCCUUCUCCGUUUUGGGGGGAAAUUUGGGGAAAUAAUUUGGUGGUUCCUUUUUUUGCCAGAGAAAUUGAGUAGGGUUCUACUUUCUACUACACUGCCAUGUUAAACUGUGGUCGGUUUUCUAUUAGAGUGGGGUGGAGUGAAAACGAUCCCUCCAUAAAAACCAGCAUUCCUUAUCCUCUUUAUAUUUCUUACUUAUGUCUCUUUCUUUCUAUUUUAUGGUUCCAGGAAGAAAAUAAGGCAAAUCCCAGCUCAUAUAUAUGAUCAUUAUGUAAACACCACAUUUUGAAGUGGACAUGAGAAUUUGUGUUUAGAACUUGGUUUCUACUAUGAGAUGUGGAUGCAACUUUUGCACAGGACUACAGAGCUGAUUUCUUGUUGUUUUGUCUGAAAUCGGAAUGUUUUUUGCUCUUUAGGAUGUUAGAUUAGGGUGGUGCUUAUAUUUGAAGUAGUUGAUGACCUUUCUCUUGAAUCAGAAGAGGCUUAAUCUAAUGCCCCUUUUCAAAUGGGCCCAAUUUGGAUAUGGACCAAUACUACACUCCAACAAGAGGCCAAAUCGAUGGCAGAUUCUCACCAGGGUUACGUUGCUGAAUGGUGUUGGCGGUUGUGUAGUAUCUUGAUUGGGGUCGAAUAGUUUGGGUGGUGAUGUACA